AAACCACUUUGGUUUAAAUUCCAUCAAAAGAUGUACACCAACACCAACCACUCUCUCUCUCUCUCUCGCUAUACAGAUUUCAUCAAAUAGUGAACAUACACCAGAAUAGAAACUAAAACAUUCUUCUGCUUCUUUACUUCUUGCAAAACAUACAUACCAAAGUCUUGUUCUUUCUUUUUAGGGUUUUCUGUAAAAACCCAAGAAGAAUAAUAACAAGUACUUACCAUAUCAAGAUCAAGAUCAAGAUCAAGGGAUCAUUGUUCCGACAAAAAACCAAAAAGAAGGUUUUGAUCAGUAAGAAAAUGGGGAGAGGGAGGGUACAGUUGAAGAGGAUUGAGAACAAGAUUAGUAGACAGGUGACAUUCUCCAAAAGAAGAACAGGCUUGUUGAAGAAAGCUCAUGAGAUCUCAGUGUUAUGUGAUGCUGAUCUUGCUCUUAUUGUUUUCUCUCCUAGAGGCAAACUCUUUGAGUUCUCUACUCACUCCAGCAGUAUGGAGGCAAUACUUGAAAGAUAUGAACGAUACUCAUAUGAAGAAAGGCAGCUUACUGAAUCUGAAUUAGAAACACAGGGACGCUGGAAUCUUGAAUCCUCCAAGCUAAGAGCGAAGAUUGAGGUCUUAGAAAAGAACAUAAGGAACUAUGUCGGGGAAGACCUCGAGCCCUUGAACCUUAGAGAGCUUCAAAGUAUAGAACAACAACUUGAGACUGCUCUCAAACGAGUAAGAACAAGAAAGAACCAAGCCAUGCAUGAGUCUAUCUCAGAACUCCAUAAAAAGGAGAGAGCACUCCAAGAGCAAAACAGUGCACUCUCGAAGAAGUUGAAGGAGAAUGAGAUGAACGAAGAGCAGCAAAAUACUCAAGAUCAUACAAUCUCUAAGGCAAUGUUGCCCCCAUGGUUGCUUCGCCACAUGAACGAACAAUAUGAGAUUUAAGUAAGUAUGCAAGUCCUACAGUUGCAGUGGUUAUGUAAUGUUUCGUAUUUGGAUUCCUAUCAUAACGUAUGUUGUUGGGUUUUGAAGGCUUUAAUCACACAGAGGAAACUACGUACAGAGAAUGUGUUUAUAAAACCCUAAUUUCAUUCAUGCUAAAACUUACAUUAUAUAGAAUAAAAUACAUACCCACUAACUAAUAAUUAGGGCCACUAACCCAUUAACCCCACUAUAACUUAAUCUUGCUAAACACUUCAACAUAAAAAACACAUGACUAAUUAAAAUACUUGACCCAUAAAAAACACACUUUUACCGACCCGACUUGACCCGUCAAGAUUAAUCUAACAUUCACCCCCUUAAUCUUGACAUUUUGACCCGUUUCUUUCUUGCUCGUUGAUUGAACCACAUAGGUUCCGAUCUUGCUCUUGCCAUACGAACCGUUAAGGUUCGAUUCUUUCUUUCUUUUGGCUACCGAUAUUCUUUUUUCUUUCUAAUCGACGCCCUUUCUUUCUUUCUUCAUUCUGACUGGUCUCUUUCUUACUUUCUUGCGAGGCCUUCUUUCUUUCUUGCGAAGCGACGCCGGCCUCUUUCUUCUUUCUUGUGGCGCCUCUUCUUUCUUUCUUUCUUUCUUAAGGAUUCAAUGAUUUGAAUCCGACUUUCUUUCUUGCUGAUCUUGCUAGUUAACUUGCUUUAAACAUGCUUCUUGCUUGCUAUCCAUUGCCAAAAAUAACCUUGCUACUCGUUCCAAACCGUGCUACUUUCUUUCUACGUAGUUUGCCUUAUUCAUGCAUUUUCUUGCUAUGACCACUUAUGGUGGUUUUCAUGCUACACUUGUUAACUUUCUUUAGCAUCCAUAUACCAAUGCCACUUGAUACUCUUUCAUUACCGAUUCAGCACCGAAAGCAGCCCACAACACCCUUCCUGGAUUACUUAUUUUGUCUUGCUUUCUUCUCUUUCUUUGACAAUAAGUAUGGCCUUUAGAGGUGCUAGGCUACCUGGUUCCCCUUUUUUUUUUCUUCCACCGUACAACCUUUUUUUUAACCCAAUAUUUAAUCUAUGACUGCAUAGUUCAAAUAUGGAUUCGAAAGUUUAUCCACAGACUCCAUUAACUUCAAAUUUACCUCAAAAGUCAAUCCUUGCACAAGUGCACAACCACCCGUAUCCAAUCCAAUUCUGAAUAUUUAAAUCAUACUUCAAACAAAACCGAAUGAACCUGGUAUCUUCUUACUCUAAUUCUUGCUAUAUUCCUUCAACUUACGUCAUCUUGCUUCAAUAUAUUGAUGCUGAUUAUCGAGACUUGCUACUUCUCCUUUCUUUUUCUCCUCGUGACCAGCUCUAUUUUCCUCAUGCUUCUAUCACCAAUAAUCUCCUUCUUGAGUACCUGCUGCGAAUUCUUUCUCUCUUCUGCGCCUUCUUCAGCCCCGCAGCCAAGGGCCGCUCUCUUACUCGAAGAUGACUCUCAAACCAGCCUUCUCUUUCUUGCUACGAAUCAGGUAUGAGCCUAGGGCUCUGAUACCAAUUGUCGGGUUUUGAAGGCUUUAAUCACACAGAGGAAACUACGUACAGAGAAUGUGUUUAUAAAACCCUAAUUUCAUUCAUGCUAAAACUUAUAUAAUAUAGAAUAAAAUACAUACCCACUAACCCACUAACUAAUAAUUAGGGCCACUAACCCAUUAACCCCACUAUAACUUAAUCUUGCUAAACACUUCAACAUAAAAAACACAUGACUAAUUGAAAUACUUGACCCAUAAAAAACACACUUUUACCGACCCGACUUACCCGUCAAGAUUAAUCUAACAUAUGUAUGUUCUAUCAUAUGAUACAACCAGGAGUUGCAUAGGAACCAUGCAAAAUGUUUUCCCCUCUACUAUGAUAAGUGACUUUGAUUUGUAUAGUUAGAAGACCAUCUUAAAUACACUUUAUAUUCGGACA